AUGGGCUACUCUCUUCAACGUUUUCUAUCUCGUGUGGAUGAUAACCUGCUCUGUGGGAUAUGUGCUGCUGUUCUAAAGGACGCCGUAGUGACACCGUGUGGCCACAGCUUUUGUGAGCACUGCCUUGACACAUGGUUGAACCAAACAGAGCGGCGGACGUGUCCAGAGUGCCGCUCGGGAAUGUUGCCGCACGAAGCCCGCCCAGUCAUCGCGCUGAGGAGCCUCAUCAGCGGUCUCAGUAUCGAGUGCCUGCACCGGGUGCGGGGAUGCAGAAUGACAUUGAAACUGGAGGACGAACAGCGACACCAAGCGGAAUGCGGAUACAGCCCAGCGCAGUGUAGCACCUGUGGGGACACCAUGGACAGGUAUAGACUGGCCAACCACGAGCUACAAUGUUCCAAAGUCACCGCCGAGAAAGAGGAAAAAGGCGAUGCCGACUUUCUUACGAGAAGGAAGAACAGCGCAAGUGGGAGAUUCGACCUUGCCCUUUCUGAACUGGCGUGCCGGGUAGCCACAUUAGAAGUGCAACUGAAGCAGACGAGACAUGAACUUGAGAUGUCCCGCGCACGGAACCGCAGACUUGAACGGGAAUUGCAGAGGAGAAAGUCUGAACUUGAGGCACAGAAAUCAGAGAUGCGGGGAACAUCAGGGAGAUGUGACACACAGCUGACGACUUUUCAGUCGGCGUCGCAGCUGUCCCAGUUCAUCUCACGUUACCUUCUGAUCAAGCCGCACUACGUCAACAAGGACCACGUUUUCAGGAGUAUCAGGGACUACUUUGACCACUACAUCGCUGGAGGAGACGGGAUGUACCACAACGAUGUGCACGCUCUGGUAGCAACGGCAUACGCAAGCAACUGGUUCUCUCCUUCCCAAAGACUUUGUAUACAGCAAUGGCUGCGAACCUUGUCCAGGCGAUCUCAGGAAAUAACGGGUCAUAGGACAAACAUGCCUGACAUAUUACCUUUAACUAGUUAA